UGCACAUUCGGAGCCGCACAUGCGCAGUGAGGAAGUGAUCGGUUAUAUUCGGCAAUUUGAAAAUAUUCCCAGGCUGGUUCCCUCAGGUUCUGGAGAAUUUAAAUCAAUUCUCCUCUUGUCACUCGCCACCGGAUACCCCAAAUAUUCACAAAUAUAAAUCAUUCAGUUAUUGUAAUUGAUUCUGAGGCAUGAAUUCACUCGACACCACGCAGCAGUUUCUCAACAUGUUUGGAACGCUGGAGUUUGAGAGCUUCGACGAGUUUAGCUGCAGAUUGGAGCUUUUCCAGCAGGCAACAGGGAGCAUCUUCAAAAAGUCUAGGACCCAUACGGUUAAGAAGGCAAAUGAGACACGUACAGUACCAAUUCCAGGUCACUUCAAAUACACCUCAGUGAAUCUGCAGUGUGUCCACUAUGGACAGCCACGCAUUCGAUCCACUGGGGUGAGACCCAAACAGAGGUAUCUUGCGAUGGGUUGUGAAGCCUGCAUCACAAUUCAUCUUGACCCGAACAAGAACCGGUUGUGUGUCACUGCCUACCAUCUCAUACACUCCGGCCACAUCCUGGAUCCAGAUCUUUUACGGCAUCUUGGCCUGUCUUUGGAACGACUGGCUCCUGACUGUCGCCAGCGCAGAACAUGGCAACCCAUGGCAGAUGGCGUAUCAAUUGUACAGCAGCAACCCUACCCUCUCACCACCGAAGAGAAACACAGUUUACUGAUCACCAGAUGGAAACAGCUGUCACGCACCAUGCUGCAGAGUGACACAAAGCGUUUCCAUAGGCAACUAGACUGGUUGGAUCGGCAAAUUCAACAUUGGCAGCAAGGGAUGGAAGAGGAUAUAGAAUGUCUUGAUGAGAAUUAUGGGCCCAGUGAUGUGCCACUCAAUUGGCAAGAUACACCUCGGGAAAUUGUGGAGCAUUCAUAUGCCCGUCUGCAUCCAUCUCCAGAUCCUGCAGCUGUUUCUCAGCUAGGGAUAUUUACCUCAGGGGUCAGUAAAAGAAGCAUUGCCACACAAACAUAUGCUGCCACAUGGAGUCCCUCCCAUGAGACAGCCAUUCAGGCACUGCUGAAGCUUCGUGAUUGUCAGUUACCGCCCAUUAAGCAGCAGGGAGGGCCAAAGGGAUCAUGUGCUGAGGAGACAUUCAGUAGGAAGAGGCAGUGUACGACAGAAAGACCGAAAGGGAUGUAUGUUGACAGUGUUAAUGUUGUCAUCCCUGCUCAGUCCAGUGUGCCAGGACAGCAACAAAGACAGUAAGAUUGUCAUACCACAAGAGGCAAUGAGGAAAUCCCAGAGCAAGUACAAGGAAGAUGCUUGUGAAGCACCUCACAAGCCACAAAGAACAUGCCCUGGUCACGAUAUGAGUACAUCAGCCUCGCCACUAGGAACCGGCCUCACCCACCACCAGGAAAAUGUUGGCUUAAGGAGGACACCAGCCCAGCCCAUCAGGAAGCUGCCA